AUGGAGCAGCUAAACGAACUGGAGCUGCUGAUGGAGAAGAGUUUCGGAGAGGAGGCUGCGGCGCCAGCGGAGCUAUUUCAGAAGAAGAAGGAAGCUUCCUUUCCUAAGACAAUUCUGAGCCACGGAAUGGAUAACCGCUACCUGGUGUUAGCAGUCAAUACAGUACAGAAUAAAGAAGGAAACUAUGAAAAACACCUAAUCAUCACUGCUUCCCAAUCCCUAGACUAUAAAGAACAGUGCAUCCUUAGGAGUGACUGGUGUUCUGUACCAGUAGAGCCAGGGGAUAUCAUUCAUUUGGAAGGAGACUGCAAAUCUGGCACAUGGAUAAUUGAUGAAGAUUUUGGAUAUCUGAUUCUGUAUCCAGACAUGCUGAUUUCUGGCACAAGCAUAGCCAGUAGUAUUCGAUGUAUGAGAAGAGCUGUACUAAGUGAAACUUUUAGGAGUUCUAAUCCAGCCACACGCCAAAUGCUGAUUGGUACCAUUCUCCAUGAAGUGUUUCAAAAAGCGAUAAGUAGUAAGAGCUUCACCCCUGAAAAGCUGCAAGAACUUUCUUGUCAAAUUGUUCAGGAAAUAAAGCAUUUGAAAGAAAUGUACCGCUUGAAUCUGAAUCCAGAUGAAGUAAAACAAGAAGUAGAGGAGUAUCUUCCUUCAUUUUCUAAGUGGGCUGGAGAUUUCAUGCAUCAGAGUACUUCAAUUGACUUCCCUCAAAUGCAGCUGUCUCUGCCAAGUGAUGGUAGUAAUAAUAACUCAACAGGAAACAUUGAAGUAAUAAACUCACUGGAUAUUGAAGAAAGCAUUUGGUCCCCUAGGUUUGGAUUGAAGGGCAAAAUAGAUGUUACAGUUGGUGUGAAAAUACAUCAAGGUUCUAAAACAAAAUAUAAAAUAAUGCCAUUGGAACUUAAAACCGGCAAAGAAUCCAAUUCUAUUGAACACCGUAGUCAGGUUGUUCUGUACACGCUGCUAAGCCAAGAGAGAAGAGCUGAUCCAGAGGCUGGCUUACUUCUCUACCUCAAGACUGGGCAGAUGUACCCUGUGCCUGCUAACCAUCUAGAUAAAAGAGAAUUAUUAAAGCUAAGAAACCAAAUGGCAUUUUUUUUGCUGCAUCGUAUUAGCAAAUCUCCUGGAAAGGAGAAGACACAGCUCACUUUUUUGCCACAAGUAACUGAGGAAGAGAAAACCUGUAAAUAUUGUUCACAAGUGGGAAACUGUGCUCUUUAUAGCAGAGCAGUUGAACAACAGAUGGAUGAAAAUUCAGUCCCAGUGCUUAUGCUGUCCAAAAUUCAAGAAGAAACUUGUCAUCUGAAAAUCACACACUUAGAGUAUUUCAGCCUUUGGUAUCUAAUGUUAACCCUGGAGUCACAAUCAAAAGAUAACAGAAAGAAUUACCAAAAUAUCUGGUUAAAGCCUGCUUCAGAAAUGGAGGAGAGUGGCAACUGCAUUGGAAACCUGAUUAGAACAGAACAUGUAAAGAGAGUUUGCGAUGGACAGUAUUUACAUCAUUUCCAGCGUAAAAAUGGUUCUAUGCCUGUCACAAACCUAAUGGCAGGAGACAGAAUUAUUUUAAGUGGAGAAGAGAGAACACUGUUUGCUUUGUCUAGGGGAUAUGUGAAGGAGAUUAACAUGACGACAGUAACUUGUUUAUUAGACAGGAACUUGUCAGUGCUUGCAGAGUCAACUCUGUUCAGAAUAGACCAGGAAGAAAAAAAUUGUGAUAUAGAUACCCCUUUAGGAAAUCUCUCUAAAUUGAUGGAGAACACUAAUGCCAGCAAAAAACUUCGAGAUUUAAUCAUUGACUUUCAUGAACCUCAGUUUAUACCCUACCUCAGCUCUGUUCUUCCACGUGAUGCAAAGGAUACAGUUGCCAACAUUCUAAAGGGAUUGAAUAAGCCUCAGAGACAAGCAAUGAAAAAGGUUCUUCUUUCAAAAGACUAUACCCUCAUUGUGGGUAUGCCUGGGACAGGAAAAACAACUACAAUAUGUACUCUCGUAAGAAUCCUCUAUGCCUGUGGUUUUAGUGUUUUGUUAACCAGCUAUACACAUUCUGCUGUUGACAAUAUACUUUUGAAGUUAGCCAAGUUUCAAAUAGGAUUUUUGCGUUUGGGUCAGACUCAAAAGGUUCAUCCAGAUAUCCGGAAAUUUACAGAAGAAGAAAUUUGCCGAUCUAAGUCCAUUAAAUCCUUAGCUCUUCUAAAAGAACUUUACAACUGUCAACUUAUAGUUGCAACAACAUGCAUGGGAAUAAGCCAUCCAAUAUUUUCCCGUAGAACCUUUGAUUUUUGUAUCGUGGAUGAAGCAUCUCAAAUUAGCCAACCAGUUUGCCUGGGGCCACUUUUUUUUGCUCAGAGAUUCGUGUUGGUGGGGGAUCAUCAGCAGCUUCCUCCCCUGGUGCUAAACCCAGAAGCAAGUGCUCUUGGCAUGAGUGAAAGCUUAUUCAAGAGGCUGGAGAAGAAUCAAAAUGCUGUUGUACAGUUAACAGUGCAGUACAGAAUGAACAGUAAAAUUAUGUCUCUAAGUAAUAAGCUGACCUAUGAUGGAAAGCUGGAGUGUGGAUCAGACAAAGUGGCCAAUGCAGUGAUAAACCUACCUCACUUUAAAGAUGUAAAGCUGGAACUGGAAUUCUAUGCUGAUUAUUCUGAUAAUCCUUGGCUGAUUGGAGUAUUUGAGCCAAACAAUCCUGUUUGUUUUCUUAAUACAGAAAAGGUUCCAGCACCAGAACAAGUUGACAAAGGUGGUGUGAGCAACGUAACAGAAGCCAAACUCAUAGUUUUUCUGACCUCAAUGUUUAUUAAGGCUGGAUGUAAUCCCUCUGAUAUUGGUAUCAUUGCACCAUAUAGACAGCAAUUAAAGAUCAUCAAUGAUUUGUUGGAACAUUCUUCUGUUAAGAUGGUGGAAGUGAAUACAGUAGAUAAAUACCAAGGAAGAGACAAAAGAAUCAUCCUAGUGUCUUUUGUUAGAAGUAAUAAGGAUGGAACCCUUGGUGAACUCUUGAAAGAUUGGCGACGUCUCAAUGUUGCUAUCACCAGAGCCAAACAUAAACUGAUUCUCCUGGGCUGCGUGUCCUCACUGAAGCGCUAUCCUCCUUUGGAGAAGUUAUUUUGUUAUCUAAACGCAGAAAAAUUAAUCAUUGAUCUCCCAUCAAGAGAACAUGAAAGUCUCUGUAACAUUUUGGAUGAUUUUCAAAGAGGAUAA